CGCUCCUUGAGGAUUCGCCAGAGGCGGCUGGAAGCUCCAAGUUCACCUGCCCAGGUGUCCGCGGCGCUCGGGGAGCCACCCUGGCCUGGCACCUGGGGCUCGGGUCCCCAAAGUCCCAUUUCGGGGGGCUCUGCUGGCUGCGGUGGGCUCAGGGGCUGCUGCCAGAGCGUACCCUCCUUUCCCUUUCGCGAGACGCUGGGUGCCGGCGGGGACUGACACCUGCCAGACGCCUCUAAUCCCCUUAGGGCGCCACGCCCGCCGCGCGCGGCUCGGAAAUAAGUGAGCGCAGGGCGCGCAGGUGAAGCUCCGGCUCCGGCUGCGAGCCGCGGAGCCGCCAGUUUACGCGCAGGGCCCCGGCAACGGCGCGGCCAUGGUCUCGCCGCGGGGCAUCGGCACCUUCGUGGUGUGGGACUACUUAGUGUUCGCCGGGAUGCUGCUCAUCUCGGCCGCCAUCGGCAUCUACUACGCCUUCGCGGGGGGCGGCCAGCAGACCUCCAGGGACUUCUUGAUGGGCGGCCGCAGUAUGACCGCCGUGCCCGUGGCGAUGUCCCUCACCGCCAGCUUCAUGUCGGCUGUCACGGUCCUGGGCACCCCCUCCGAAGUCUACCGUUUUGGGGCCAUAUUCAGCAUCUUUGCCAUCACCUACUUCCUUGUGGUGUUCCUCAGCGCGGAGGUCUUUCUCCCGGUAUUCUACAAACUGGGAAUUACCAGCACCUACGAGUAUUUAGGACUUCGAUUUAACAAAUAUGUUCGUCUCUGUGGAACAAGCCUCUUCAUUGUUCAAACAAUUUUGUAUACUGGAAUUGUUAUCUAUGCCCCUGCCCUGGCUUUGAAUCAAGUCACAGGAUUCAAUCUGUGGGGUGCUGUAGUGGCUACUGGUGUGGUCUGCACAUUCUACUGCACUAUGGGUGGUCUUAAAGCGGUUAUCUGGACGGAUGUUUUUCAAGUUGGGAUCAUGGUGGCUGGAUUUGCAUCUUUGAUUAUACAGGCUGCAUUGAUUCAAGGUGGAAUCGGCACUAUUCUAAAUGAUGCCUAUAAUGGAGCAAGAUUAAACUUCUGGAAUUUUAAUCCUAACCCUUUGCAAAGACACACAUUCUGGACGAUUGUUAUAGGAGGGACCUUCACAUGGACCAGCGUCUAUGGAGUCAACCAAUCCCAAGUACAGAGAUAUAUUUCCUGUAAAAACAGAUUCCAGGCAAAAAUGUCUCUCUACAUCAAUCUUUUGGCACUCUGGUUGAUCCUGGCCUGCACAGUGCUAUGUGGGCUCGCCCUGUAUUCCAGAUACCGUGACUGUGAUCCUUGGACAGCCAAGAAAGUGUCUGCACCAGACCAGCUCAUGCCUUAUUUGGCACUGGACAUUCUGCAAGAUUAUCCGGGACUUCCUGGACUUUUUGUGGCCUGUGCUUACAGUGGAACAUUAAGCACAGUGUCCUCCAGUAUUAAUGCCUUAGCAGCAGUAACUCUGGAAGACCUAGUAAAACCUCGCUUCCAAUCUCUCUCAGAAAGGUCUCUGUCUUGGGUUUCCCAAGGAAUGAGUGUGCUGUUUGGAGCUUUGUGUAUUGGAAUGGCUGCGCUGGCAUCACUGAUGGGAGCUUUGUUGCAGGCCGCACUCAGCAUAUUCGGCAUGGUUGGGGGACCACUUCUGGGCUUAUUUGCUUUGGGGAUUUUGGUUCCCUUUGCCAACUCAAUAGGAGCACUUGUGGGUCUGCUGGCUGGAUUUACCGUUUCUUUGUGGGUCGGAAUUGGAGCUCAACUUUAUCCUCCACUUCCUGAGAGAACUAUGCCAUUAAGCCUGGAAACCUACGGCUGUAACAGCACAUACAAUGGGACAGAUUGGAUAACAACCACAGAAGUGCCAUUUUCUACCAGUGCUUUUCAAGUAUACAACAUUGAAAGGACUCCACUGAUGGAUAACUGGUAUUCUUUAUCAUAUCUGUACUUCAGUACUGUUGGAACUUUGGUAACGGUAUUUGUGGGAAUGCUUAUCAGUUUAUCAACAGGAGGAAGAAAACAAAACAUAGACCCCAGAUUCCUACUAACCAAAGAGGACUUUUUAUCCAAUUUUGACAUUUUUAAGAAAAAGAAGCAAGUUUUAGACUAUAAAUCUCAUCCAAUAGAAGAUGGUGGAACCGAUAAUCCUGGCUUCAACCAUAUUGAAUUGAACUGCACAGAUCAAAGUGGCAAGAUCAAUGGGACUCGUUUGUGAAGCAGCUGUGAUGCUAAAUUAUCUUAAACAGUGUCCCAGUUUUAUAUGUUUUUUAAGAUAAUUGGAUCAGGUUUAGAAUUUUUUUUGUCCUAUCAUGAGUGUUUUGGGGGAACUUUGGGGGGGUAUACAUUUUUGUUAAAGCAAAUUUUGACUUUUACUUUCUAUACUCAUUAAUUGAUGCUACUCUGAAUGUAAGAGUUUCAGCAUCAGUAUUUUCCUCUAUCUCUCUACAAUUAUUUCAGUGAAGCUGUAGUUGUGAAAGUUUUGAAAGUUGUGACUACAUAUGUGCUGAAAAGCUAAUACACACAUAUACACACAUACUCGAUGGUCAAAAGCAUAUUCUUAAAUUAGGGCAUCAUUAAAAAUAUUUCCCUGCAUUUGGUGCUAGCAUAUAUUUUGGAGUUUGCUGAAAUCAUAAUUAAUAUUGAAAAGGACCUUUCUCCCUCCUACCACAUACUCUAUUC